AGCCCGGCAGCCUCGCUCACGAAACAUGGCUGCGCCGCCACGGCGACUCUUAGCGGCGCUCCAGAUGGCCGCACUGCUCCUUUGCGCCACGCCGCCGCCUUGCCAGGCCCGCUGGGAGCUGGACCGGCGCUUUGCAGAGUUCAAGCGCUGCGCCGACCCCGAAUGCAGCAUGUUAAUGUGUCGAGGAAAAGCAGUGAAACACUUUAAAGGUCCAGAUUGCCGCUUUGUAGAGUUCAAAGAAGGUGAAUCUGUAUAUGUGUAUUAUAAAUUAGCAGGAAGAAACAACGAGCUUUGGGCUGGAAGUGUUGGAAGUGAAUUUGGAUAUUUUCCAAAGGAUUUACUUGAAAUAAACCAUAUUUAUACCCAUGAUGAGCUAGAAUUACCAACAGAUGAAACAGAUUUUGUUUGUUUUGAUGGAGGCAAAGAUGAUUUUGAGAAUUAUAAUGUGGAUGAACUUUUAACAUUACCAGAGGACAUAGUAGCUAGUGAUGCUGAAGCUGAGGUAGAAAUUCUCAAGGAAGAGGACACUGAAGGGGCUGAUCCUGCAGAAUCUGUUGAUCCACAGACUGAUGAUCUUGAAGAGGCCUUAGAAGAAAGCAGUGAUGGAGGGGACAGUUUUCUUUUUGAAAAGGAUGAGAAUGUAGAGGGAGCUCUUGAUUCCAAGAGUGAGAACUUCACUGUAAAUAGUGACACAGACAAUCCUCAGGGAGACCAAAGUGCACAUCAACCUUUUGAAGAAAUGCAGGAAAUUUUAAAAGUGCCAGAACAUGAAAGUGCCAAAAACUCUAGUAUUUCUCAGGGUGAAGCUAAACAAUCGGAUUAUGGAGGCAAAGAUGAUGGUGCUUUUUCACUUCUACAGCAAGAAGUGUCAGAGGAGCUGAAAACAAAAUUUGGCUCAACUGCAGAUGCUGUUGUGUCUGAUGAUGAGACAACUAGCCUUGUUACAUCACUUGAUGGCCGUCUGAUGGACGAUGUGGAUAUUGACUCUUACAAUGCAGAGAGGCUGAAAGAAUCUGAAGAGCAAUCAGAAGGAAUUCCUUUGCUGUCUUUCAGUGAUGAAGUUACAUCUUCUGAGGAUCCAAAAGUUGAAAAGAUGUUACCAGAGGGGAUCCAUGAGUCAGAAAUGAAUGAUCUUGAUAUUACUGGGGAAGGUUUCAAAGAAUCCAUUGAUGUGAAAAAAGAGAACUCUGGUUUAUUAACAAAUUUAGGGGAUUCAAUUUUUGCAGUUGUCAGUGGAGGUGAAAGAACAACUGAUGAAACAAAUGGGGAGAGGGUUGACUUAGAGGAGGAAGAGGAGGAUGAAGUGGUCCUAAUCAGCAAGAAAGAAAAUGUUCAGACUCAUUCAGAGGAGGCUUUAUCAAAAAAUGGUCCCUCAUCAACAGAAUAUGAUCAUAUUACAAAGGAAAUACAGAAUACAGAUGACCAUGAUCUUAAGGAAAGAAAAUAUAAAACUCAGGACUAUGAGGAAGAACAUUCAAAAAGUAAGGCAGAACCUGGUACACAGAAUCAAUUGCAAAGCACAUCUAUGCAUAAUAUUGGUGCCUUUUCUAAUUACAGAGAUGGCCAGGCAUCUAAAGUACCUACAGAAGCAAAAGAAGAAACUAUAAAACCACCUAUGGGUGACACUGAAGAUGAUCCAGAAGGACUUUUCCUUCAUAAAGUACAAGAUGAAGAAAGAGAAAGGGAGAGCAUUUUGGAGGAAAGCUUGGAUAAUGAUACAGCACACAAAAUAGUAUGGGAAGAAUUAGACGGAAAAGAUUAUGAGGAUGUGAAAUCUGUGAACAGAGAACCACGGGUGCUGGAAGAACAUAGAAAUCCAAGUGAUCAGGAUGAUAGCAAUCUCUUCACAGGUAAAACAAAACAUGACACACAGCAAGGUGAAGAAGAUUUUGAACUAACAGAGACAUUCAGUAAGGAGAAACAGACAAAUGCCUCUGCUGUGGAAAACAUUUCCACUGAGGGAAAUACUGAAGAGACAACCAAACAGGAAACUGAAAACCAGUAUUUAGAUGGCCAUGAAGGCCUUGCAAGAAGUAUUAAGAAGCAAGGAAUAGAUAAAAUAUCUACUAUAGAAAAAAUGAGCCCAACUCAGCAUGGAAACCAUACUCAGCAAAAUAUUAUUCACCAUGAAGCUGAACUCAUGGACAAAGUUAUUGGUGCAAAUGCAGGUAGAGAGAAAUCCUCCACAGCAGAAGUCCAGUCUGUAGAGACUGAUGCUGAGGAAGACGACGACUUAGAAGAACUGGAAGAACUACUACAAGAUGAAAAUGCUGUUAAUGCAAAACUAUCUAAAGAGAGACUUUUAGAUGAACAGAGUUUAAAACUAGAUGUUCAGAGUGACAACCCUCAAGCAGAAUUGCCAAAUGAUGCUAUUUCAAGAGCUGCUAAUCCUGUUGAUGAAACAGGAGAAGAAGCAAUAACAACACUUGAGCAGGGCAAAAAGGAGGAAAGCAUGCAACAUUUGCAUGAAGAGCAUGAAAGCAUGCAAUUGCAUGAAGUUUCUCAAAUAACCGAGAUGACAGAAAACAAAAAGGAAGAGCAGGAGGAGAUGGAGCCGUCAACAUUACCCAAAGUAGAAAAUUCUAAGGUUGAAGAAAAGAAUAUUUUCCAGGACAUUCAGGACAAAAUAUCAACCAAUUUACAUAUUUCUGAAGUAGGAGACAGGAAGGAAACACCAGAGCACCUUGUUGAGGAUUCUCUGCAGAAAGAACUUGCAGACAAACACCAGCAUUCCUAUGAUCUCUCCACACCUAGCAUUGUCUUGGAAAUAAAAAAGGAAUUUAUAGAGCCAGAAUACGGGGAGUCUGUAAGAGAACUUGCUAUAAUGAAGGCAUUUCUUGAUGAAAAACGUAUUGCACGCUUACAAAAAUACCUUGGACAGCAACAUGUUUUCAGGAUAGAAUCCUUGUUUUAUGACAUGGAGUUGGAAUUAAUGCUUGCUCAGAAACAAAAUAACAAUCAUGAAGAGAUUGAAAAUGCUCUGGACCAGAUCCUUGAAUCUUCAGAGUCAAAUAUUCUGGAUGUUGUGGAAAAGAUUUUAGAUUCAAGGGAGAUAGAAAAUAAGGAAGAAGUUGUGAAAGAAAUUGAUUUGUUUGAUGAAGAAACUGCUCUAAUGGAUGAUAUUCAGGAGCUAAUGUAUUCGCUAAGACACAAAUACUCUCCUUUUAGUGAGAGUGCUCCACUUGCAUCCCCCCUAGAAUCAGAGAUGGGUUCUAGUGUGCUUAUUACAGCUAAUGCAAAACAAACUGAAGAUGACAGGCAUGCUAUACAAAGCCCAGCAGAAAACACAGAUCAAGAACUCCCACCACAUACAGAGCAGAUGUCAGAAGAGCAAGGUGUUCUUCAGUUGGAUGAAUCAAAAGAAGAUGUGAAUGUUUUGGCAGCAACUAAAACUGUGGAUGAAAUAGAAGGUAUGGAUAUUUUUGACAGAGAGAAGCAAUUGUUUCAUGUGGAUACAGCUUCUGAACCAGUUGAUUCAAGGAUAAGUAUGGAAGAAGAUUUUAUUACAGGUACACCUAAUGCUAAAGACAAUGCCAUGGAAGAGCAUAGUAAUCCAACAGAAGCAGACUCUGCUGCUCCACAAAUUUUGACUGCCUUGGAUGGUGCAAUCCUUUUAGCCAAAGAAAAUAUGCGACCCAUCACAGAGCUUCUGGUUUCAACACUGCCUGAAGACAUGCAGCCUGGACCUGAUUUCCAUGGACUUCCUUGGGAGCCAAUUGUCCUAACUGCCUUGGUUGGAAUUGCUACAAUUGCCAUUUUUUUCUGGAGAACCUGCUUAUCUGUAAAGAGUAGAAUGUAUCAAGUGACAGAAAAUCAGCUUGUUGAAAAAAUUAAAACUCUCAUAAAAGAAAAGACAGAAAUCUUAGAAAAGAUGUCACAGUAUGAUCAAAAGAUAAGGGAAGCAAAAGAGUCUGUGCAAGAGACCCAAAAACAGAAUACACAUCUCUCUGAUGAAGCUGCAGGGCUUAAGGACACACUGAAGAAGCUUAAAGAAACAAAUAACGUUUUAGAUGAUAAAGUGAGCAGCUUACAUGCCAAGCUAGAAAUGGAAAAAGAGCAGAACUUGAAGAAACAAGAGCAGAUCACAGAAACCCAGAAGUCUUUGGAGAAACUCCAAGAAGUAAUCGUAUUGCAUUCUGUAGAGCUUUCAGAGGUGCAGAUAGCUCUCAACGAAGCUAAACUCAGUGAAGAAAAGGUGAAGUCUGAGCUGCAUCGUGUUCAAGAAGAGAAUGCAAGACUGAAAAAGAGUAAGGAACAGCUGCUCCAAGAAGCAGAAGGCUGGACUGAGAGACAUGCUGAGCUCAGUGAACAGAUCAAGAUGCAUCAGAAGACUCAGAAAGACAUUGAAGAAGCACUUGCCUACAAAGACAAUGAAAUUGAAGUUUUAACUAACUGCAUUAUGCAGCUGAAACAGCUUGAUGCAGAUGCUGAGCUGAAUGGGAAGAAGGAUGAAGGAAAUGAUCUGGCCAACGAGGAGCGCUCAGAUACCAGGAAUGAAAAGAUGAAAAAUCAGAUAAAGCAGAUGAUGGAUGUUUCACGGGUAAAAACAACAUUAUCAAUAAUUGAAGAAGACAGAGAUCUCUUGCGGUCCAAACUGAAUGAUGAAAUAGCAGCAAGACAUGAAUUAGAAGAGCAAAUCAAGAAGCUGGAACAUGAUUCCUGUUCCUUCCAGACAGCAAAAUCACAGCUUGAAAGUGAAUGUAUAACUCUGCAACAGAAAGUAGAGAUUCUUACUGAGCUUUACCAACAGAAGGAGAUGGCACUUCAAAAGAAGCUGACACAAGAAGAGUAUGAGCGACAAGAGAAGGAGCAGAAGCUCUCUGCUGCAGAUGAAAAAGCAAUCCUGGCGGUUGAGGAAGUGAAAGUUUACAAGCAAAGAAUCCAGGAAAUGGAGGAAGAAUUGCAAAAAACAGAGCGAUCUUACAAAAAUCAGAUUGCUAGCCAUGAGAAGAAGGCCCAUGACAACUGGCUUAUAGCACGUUCUGCAGAGAGAGCACUGGCUGAAGAGAAGAGGGAGGCUGCCAACCUAAGGCAGAAGUUAAUCGAAGUAAAUCAAAAAGUAGCUGCACUUCAGAGACCACUAAUUGUGAAACCUACUCCAGGUCGACUAGACCACCAAGUUCCAGUCCGCAGAGGUCCAUUGAGUCGAGAUGGAUCCUUUGGCCCUUCCCCUGUGAGUGGGGGAGCUCCUUCUCCACCACUCAUGAUGGAACCUCCUGUGCGGCCCCUUUCUGCUAAUCCAAGGGAAGGGUCUAGAGGUGAACUUAGUGCUGCUGUGGCCGAUGGGCCUCCAGGCCCAAGAAGGCAUUCUGAGCUGUCUGGAAGAAUAUCUGCACCAGAUCUUGGUCCUGCUGUAACAUCCCUAAUCAACUGUGGGCCAAGGCUAACUAUCUUCCUCCGCCUUCUACCAAGGUAGUGGAUGGAGAUAGUUAAUGUAAACUCUAAAGGACCACCAUCAUUUCCUGGUCCUCCCUUAAUGCAGCCUCCAGCAGCUGGACCUUUGCCACCUCCAGUUCGAUUUGGACCUCCACCUCGAGCACCUUAUGGACC